AGGCACCGCAAACCGCGCUCGCCAGCACCUCGAUCGCCAGUUCCCGCCCAGCGUCCUUGGUAAUCUUGUCUAUUUUUGACGCCCGCGCGACAGUUCCAUCGCCUGCGCUGAAACACUCCUCCCACGCGCGAACCCACUGCCGCCCGCCAGGCACGCCCCGCCCGCACUGCGCGACAAGAUUAUUCUCGACCAGCCGACCCGCAAACAUGCCCGUCGUGGCGCCCGAGAAGCUGGUGUCGCUGCAGCAGGCGGCUGAAGGCAUCAGAAACAUAUGCAUCCUCGCCCAUGUCGACCAUGGCAAGACGUCGCUCACCGACGCCCUCAUCGCCACCAACGGCAUCAUAUCGCCCAAGCUCGCCGGCAAGAUACGGUACCUUGACUCGAGACCAGAUGAACAGCUUCGAGGCAUUACCAUGGAGUCCUCUGCCAUCUCGCUGUACUUUUCCCUGCUGCGGCGAUCUGCACCCGACGCGCAGCCUGAACAGAAGGAGUUCUUGAUAAACCUCAUAGACUCGCCCGGCCACAUUGACUUCAGCUACGAAGUCUCCACCGCCUCGCGCCUGUGCGACGGCGCUGUUGUGCUUGUAGAUGCAGUGGAAGGCGUGUGUAGCCAGACUGUCACAGUGCUCCGACAGGCGUGGAUCGAGAAGCUAAAACCCUUGCUCGUCAUUAACAAAAUGGACAGGCUGAUUACAGAACUGAAGAUGAGCCCAGGAGAGGCAUACACACAUCUAAGUAAGCUUUUGGAGCAGGUAAAUGCCGUCAUGGGCAGCUUCUACCAAGGUGAGCGCAUGGAGGACGACCUCCGAUGGCGAGAGAAGAUGGAAGAGCGACUCAGCGCUGCCGCUGCCGAGAAGGAGACUUCAAGCUCUUCAGUCCUCGAUAACGGGGACAGCAUAGACACCACCAACACACCUGCCGAGUACGAGGAAAAGGAUGACGAAGACAUCUACUUCGCUCCUGAAAACAACAACGUCAUUUUCAGCAGUGCCAUCGAUGGAUGGGCAUUUACUGUCAGACAGUUUGCAAGCCUAUACGAGCGUAAGCUUGGCAUCAAGCGCUCCGUACUAGAAAAGGUGCUGUGGGGCGACUACUACCUAGAUCCUAGGACGAAACGUGUACUGGGCUACAAACAUCUGAAGGGCCGACAUCUCAAGCCCAUGUUUGUCCAGCUAGUGCUCGACACCAUAUGGGCUGUGUAUGAAGCAACCACGGGAGGUAACAAUGGGAAGGGAGAUCCCGCGAUGAUAGAGAAGAUCACCAAGUCACUCAAUUUGACCAUUCCAGCGCACGUUUUGCGAUCCCGCGACCCACGCGCGCUUCUGACUACACUUUUCGCGGCCUGGCUUCCCCUUUCCACAGCAUUGCUCGUCUCUGUAACCGAGCAUCUUCCAUCGCCGCCCAAAGCACAAGCAGAACGCAUUCCUGAAAUUGUGGACAAUUCUCCUGGAGCAGACUAUGUUGCGCCCGAAGUUAGAGACGCCAUGGUCGACUUCAAGACCUCCAAGGACGCGCCCGUGGUCGCGUACGUAAGCAAGAUGGUCUCAAUCCCGGAAAGCGAGCUGCCGGAGAACAAGCGAAGAGGAGGAGCAUUGAGUGCCGAAGAGGCUCGAGAGCUUGGUCGCAAGAAGCGUGCGGAGAUUGCCCGACAGCAAGCAUUGGCGAGCGAAGGUGCCAACGACGUUGAAAGCGUGACCGAAGCACUCAGCUCAGCUGCCAUCGGGGAGUCGGAAACACCCGAGGAGAGUGAGGAGACUCAAGAGGAGGUAGAGCAUCUAAUCGGUUUCGCGCGCAUUUACUCAGGAACGCUGAGCGUUGGUGACGAGGUAUACGUUCUGGGACCCAAGUUCACACCAGCAAGACCAAACACCGCACCUGAGCCCCAGAAGGUCAAGGUCACCGGGCUGUAUCUCAUGAUGGGGCGCGGCUUGGAGUCUCUAACUACAGUACCUGCUGGUGUCGUGUUUGGUAUCGGGGGUCUUGCUGGGCACGUCCUGAAAUCAGGAACGUUAUGCUCGCAGCUUCCGGGCUCAGUCAACUUGGCUGGUAUCAACAUGGGUACCCACCCUAUUGUGCGAGUUGCACUAGAGCCAGAGAACCCCUACGACCUGGAGAAGAUGAUCAGUGGUUUGAAGUUGCUCGUUCAGAGCGACCCAUGUGCUGAAUACGAAGUGCUUCCAAGCGGUGAACAUGUCAUCCUCACUGCCGGUGAGUUACAUUUCGAACGCUGUCUGAAGGAUCUCAAGGAGCGGUUCGCAAAAUGCGAGAUACAGGCUGGUGCUCCUAUCGUGCCUUACCGCGAAUCUAUCAUUGCAGCCGCAGAGAUGAAUCCGCCGAAAGACCCGAAUCUUCCUCGUGGAACUGUCGUUGGCGUCACAGUAAGCAAGCAGGUUUCCGUUCGCUUGCGUGUCCGUCCACUCCCAGCCAAUGUGACAGAAUUCCUUAGCAAGAACGCUGGUGCUAUCAAGAGGCUCUUUAGCGAUGAGAGGGAGGAGCAGGAAAGGCAGCAAGCCGCUGAUGAGGCGACUGCGGAAGGCGAUGGUAUGGAGGAAGCCGAGCAGCUAGAGACUGGCCAUACCCUCACCCUCGAAGAGUUCAAGAAGCAGCUAAAAGAUGCAUUCAACGACAAGGAUAACAAAUCCCAACGGGAAAUAUGGACGAAUGUCAUCGACACGAUCGCAGCCUUCGGACCUAGGAGAAUCGGGCCCAACAUUCUCAUUGACGCGACCAAGGAAGGCAUCUGCGCCAAACCACUCCGCGAAUCUUCUACCCCCGAACCCAAACACUCAUCCCACUCCACAUCUGCCAUAACCGCGCACACCCUCACCGACAAGAUAACCUACGCCUUCCAGCUCGCCACGGCCCAGGGCCCACUCUGCGCCGAACCUGUCCAAGGCAUCGCCGUCUUCCUCGAAGAAGUGAUCCUCUCUCUCCCCGAAGAAUCUGAAAACAGCUCUGAGCGCAUGGGCCGCCUCACCGGCGAAGUCAUCAAAACAGUGCGCUCCUCGAUCCACGCGGGCUUCCUCGACUGGUCCCCACGCAUGCUCCUCGCCAUGUACACAUGCGAAAUCCAAGCCUCGACGGACGUCCUCGGUCGCGUCUACGCCGUACUGACGCGCCGUCGUGGACAGAUCCUCUCAGAGACCAUGUCCACCUCGUCCGCGUCGACGACAGGAAAUCAGACCUUCACCAUCACGGCGCUGCUCCCUGUCGCGGAGUCGUUCGGCUUCAGCGACGAGAUCCGGAAGCGCAGUUCUGGAAGUGCGUCACCGCAGCUGCGGUUUGCGGGCUUCGAGAUGCUGGAUGAGGACCCGUUCUGGGUGCCGUUUACGGAGGAUGAGCUUGAGGAUCUGGGCGAGUUGGCGGAUAAGGAGAAUGUGGCAAAGAAGUAUAUGGAGCAGGUGAGGAGGAGGAAGGGGAUGGUGGUUAGGGAGGUGCUGGUGAAGGAUGCGGAAAAGCAGAAGAACAUGAAGCGGUAGAUGGGUGGGUGGGUCG